CCCCCCCUCUCUCUCUCUCUCUCUCUCUCUCUCUCUCUCUCUACUUCUAAUACUCCGCCCACUCCGGAGAUAUCUCUUCCUCGCUCUCCUCUUCUCGCGUCGCGAGAUCUCUGACCCCCUUCGUGGAUUCCUAGGGUUAGGAUUUUAUCCCACUCAUCACUCUGGGUUUUCAAUCGUUUUCCUCUUCGAUUACACCCUCGUAGUUGUUUUGAUCUAAGUUUCUGAGUUUUUGACCGAUUUGAAGGCGCAGCAACAAGGAAAGGCGAGAUCGGAGGCGGUGAGGGCGAUUUCGAUCGAUUUCUGUGUUUUUUUAGCACUAGAAGCGUUUUUCGAUCGAUUGAACCGGUGAUCCGAUCGGGAACGGCAUUAUGAUCUCCUGCGCCAAGCACUCUGUCGCUUCCCUCGGCGUCGCCGAUCUCUUCCGCUUCAAAUCUCCGCCUCCGCAGCCCCAGAUCGUCGCUGCACGAUCGGUUUUCGCUCUCAGAAACCCUAGUCUCGCCCUCUCUUCGAGUAAGCCGCUAUACCUCGCCUUCCCCGAUGGGCUCGGGUGCGGUUUGCGUGAUGCUUCGCUCUCUAGAGUGAAGCCUCGGAGGCGUAGUUUCCGAUGCGAGGCCUACGAGGCCGAUCGGUCCGGGGACGCCGAGGCUACGCCGACUCCGACGCGAUCCGCCGCGGCGCAGAAGCUGAAGAUCGGGACCUACUUCGCUACGUGGUGGGCGCUCAACGUCGUGUUCAACAUCUACAACAAGAAGGUCCUCAACGCUUUCCCUUACCCCUGGCUCACCUCAACCCUCUCCCUGGCCGCUGGAUCGCUCAUCAUGCUCAUCUCGUGGGCCACAAGGAUUGCCGAGGCCCCUAAGACUGAUUUUGACUUCUGGAAAGCCCUAGCUCCUGUGGCGGUGGCACAUACGAUCGGACAUGUGGCGGCCACGGUGAGUAUGUCGAAGGUGGCGGUGUCCUUCACUCACAUCAUCAAGAGCGGGGAGCCGGCGUUUAGUGUGUUGGUGUCGAGGCUUCUGUUAGGGGAGACGUUCCCUGUGCCGGUUUAUCUCUCGCUCAUUCCGAUCAUUGGCGGCUGUGCUCUCGCGGCUGUCACAGAGCUCAACUUUAACAUGAUCGGUUUCAUGGGUGCGAUGAUAUCAAACGUUGCGUUCGUCUUCCGCAACAUCUUCUCAAAGAGGGGUAUGAAGGGAAAAUCCGUUAGUGGGAUGAACUACUAUGCCUGCCUUUCUAUAUUGUCUUUGCUGCUCCUAACCCCCUUCGCAAUUGCAAUUGAGGGCCCUCAGGUGUGGGCUGCUGGUUGGCAAAAGGCACUCUCAGAGAUUGGUCCCCACUUCGUCUGGUGGGUGGCUGCCCAGAGUGUGUUCUACCACUUGUACAACCAAGUAUCUUACAUGUCCUUGGACGAGAUCUCUCCUUUGACAUUUAGCAUCGGCAACACCAUGAAGCGGAUAUCCGUCAUUGUUUCCUCCAUCAUAAUCUUCCAUACGCCAGUCCAGCCCAUCAACGCACUAGGGGCUGCCAUCGCCAUCCUUGGAACUUUUCUCUACUCUCAGGCAAAGCAGUAACCUUAAACAAAUUCAGAUGAUCCUGCAACAAGAUGAGUGCUCUGAAGCAUUGGAGAGUAGGAUUUUGCUACUUUUGUAGAUAUAUAAUAAGCCGGGCAUAAAGACCUUAUGCGCAUCCAAGAUAGAAUAAUGGUUGCUGUUUCUUUUCAUUAUUCCUAUUGACCUUGUUACAAAUUUGCUCUUCUUAUGAACUGCAACCUGGGCGUAGCCCAAAAUUAUGGGUCAGAAAUUAUUUGGUCAGUGUUCUGCUACUCGAGAGAAGCAUUUAUGUAUUAGUGGGAGACUUCGCUUUCAAAAACUAAACUAAUAUAUGCUUCAGUUAUGGCGAAUGGUUGGUGAAUUUUUAUGUUA